AAUAAGAACAUUGAAGGUUGAAGGAGGCUUCUUUAACUUUGUUGUCAACCUCCAGCGUGCUAGGAUAUAACCUGAGUCGAUCAUGCUGUCAUUACAACCAAUCUCAAUUCUAAGUGCUGGUGCUGAUGAAGAAAAGGCAGAAACCGCCCGACUUUCUUCUUUUGUGGGAGCCAUUGCCAUCGGUGAUCUUGUCAAGACUACUUUGGGUCCUAAAGGAAUGGACAAAAUCCUCCUCUCGUCCGGUGAAACUGUUGAGGUGACAAAUGAUGGGGCUACAAUAUUAAAGUCAAUUGGCGUGGAUAAUCCCGCAGCUAAGAUCCUUGUUGAAAUGAGCAAAGUUCAAGAUGAUGAGGUUGGCGAUGGUACGACUUCAGUAACUGUGCUAGCGGCAGAAUUGUUGCGUGAAGGUGAACAAUUAAUUGCUGCUAAGCUUCAUCCCCAAACUAUUGUACAAGGUUGGCGUGAGGCUACUAAACUAGCCUUAACAGCUCUCGACUCCGCUGCAUAUCAAUCAUCAGAUCAAUCGGAUACUGAAUUCCGUGACCGUCUGUUAAGUAUUGCGCGCACAACUUUGAGUUCUAAGCUCCUGACACAGCAUAAAGAACAUUUUGCUAAGUUAGCUGUAGAUGCUGUUCUUCGGCUGAAAGGUAGUGGGAAUCUUGAUGCUAUCCAAAUUAUCCAGAAGCUUGGUGGCACUAUGACUGACUCGUAUUUGGAUGAAGGCUUUCUUCUGGAUAAACGACCUGGUGUAAAUCAGCCUAAAAGAGUGGAAAACGCCAAAAUAUUGAUCGCCAACACCCCAAUGGAUGCAGAUAAAAUCAAAGUAUUUGGAAGCAAAAUCCAAGUGGAUGCUAUUUCAAAGGUAGCUGAAUUAGAAUUAGCUGAAAAACAAAAAAUGAAAGACAAAGUUGACAAAAUUUUAAAGCACAACUGUUCAGUAUUCAUUAAUAGGCAAUUAAUAUAUAAUUAUCCGGAGCAGUUAUUUGCUGAUGCUGGUGUUAUGGCAAUCGAACAUGCAGAUUUUGAAGGUGUAGAGAGGUUGGCUCUAGUUACUGGUGGCGAGAUUGUUUCCACAUUCGAUUCUCCUGAGACUACAAAAUUAGGACACUGUAAUUUGAUAGAAGAAGUGACAAUUGGUGAAGAUAAGUUACUUCGAUUCAGCGGUGUUGCUAUGGGUGAGGCUUGCACAAUAGUCUUGAGGGGUGCCACUAAAAGCAUCUUGGCAGAGGCAGAACGCUCUCUUCACGACGCUUUGUGUGUUUUGGCUCUUACAAUAAAGAAUCCUCGAACAGUUUGUGGUGGUGGAGCUAUGGAGAUGUGGAUGGCUGAAGCAGUAGCACAGGGUGCUGCUAAAACGCCAGGAAAGAUAUCUUUGGCUAUGGAGUCCUUCGGUCGUGCUUUGAGGCGUUUACCUUCUAUAAUAGCCGAUAAUGGUGGUUAUGAUAGUGCAGAGCUGGUUUCUCAGUUACGUGCUUGUCAUGCAAAUGGUGAAAAGUCCAUGGGCUUAGAUAUGAACAACGGAGUAAUUGCUGAUAUGAACGAUUUUGGCAUUAUUGAAUCAUAUGACGUAAAGCGUCAUUUAGUGACAUCAGCUGCCGAAGCUGCGGAGAUGAUAAUCCGUGUUGAUGACAUCAUUAAAGCUGCUCCUCGUCGCCGAGCUCCUCGAAGGCAUUAAAUAAAAUUAGCUUGGUCAUUGUUUGUGAAGUUAACAAUAAAUUUAUCGUUUGGCAUUAUGAAAUAUAAGUUGCUCGUAU